AUUGUUGAAAAGGAGUCUGGCUGUUGUCGUGACGGAACAGUAACUUUCUAUUGUUGAAAAGGAGCCUGGCUGUUAUCGUGACGGUGUGACCCACCACCUAUCUCCGGAUCAGGAUGUCGGGCUGCACCAGCCUGUGUCGUCAGGGGGUGUUUAAGUUUGUGCAGUCCUUGCGGAGGCUGGUCUUUGGGACGCUCAGCAAAGAUAAGGUGGACGAUGAGUUGGAGAUGAGCAUGGUUAUCCACCGGCCGGAGGGCCUGGACCAGAUGGAGGCCACCACCAACUUCACCAAGAGGGAGCUGCAGGUGCUCUACCGAGGCUUCAAGAACGAGUGCCCCAGCGGAGUGGUGAAUGAGGAGACGUUUAAACACAUCUACGCCCAGUUCUUUCCACACGGAGAUGCCAGCACAUACGCUCAUUACCUUUUCAACGCCUUUGACUCUGCAAAAAAUGGAUCCAUCAAGUUUGAGGACUUUGUGAUGGGGCUCUCCAUUCUCCUCCGUGGGUCAACGAGAGAGAAACUCGAGUGGACGUUUAACUUAUACGACAUCAACAAGGACGGCUACAUCAGCAGGGAGGAGAUGACGGAGAUUGUGAGGGCCAUUUACGACAUGAUGGGGAAGUACACGUACCCGGCCAUGAAAGGAGACGUCCCCAAACAGCACGUGGAUGCCUUCUUCCAGAAAAUGGACAAAAACAAAGAUGGAGUUGUGACUUUGGAGGAGUUCAUCAUCGCAUGCCAGGAGGACGACACCAUGAUGAGGUCUAUGCAGCUCUUUGAGAAUGUAAUCUAG